AUGCCUUCAUAUGUUAAGUUUUCGAAAGACAUCUUGACAAAGAAGAGGAAGCUAGGUCAGUAUGAGAUAGUGGCAUUCACUGAGGAGUGCAACACUAUUAUUCAGAACAACUUACCACCAAAGCUUAAGGAUCUAAGCAGUUUUUCUUUACCCUAUGCUAUUGGUAGUUCUAAAUUUUUCAAAGCUUUAUGUGAUUUAAGUGCUAUAGUGUCAUUGAUGCCUUUGUCUGCUGAUAUAUUGGCUAUAGUGAGGCAUCUCUACAACUCGGUAGACUUCCUUGUGCUUGAGAUGGAAGAGGAUAUGGAAAUUCCUCUAAUCUUAGGACGACCUUUCUUGGCGACUACAAGCCCACUCAUUAAUGUGAGGGAAGGCAAGAUAACUUUCAAAGUUGGAGGGGAGGAAAGUUCAAUAUUUUUAAUGCAAUUAAGCAUUCUGCCUCUUCAGUUAGGUGCUUUAGAAUGGAUGUGGUUGAUGAGGGCAAGG